CCCCUGUAGUGUUGGCCAGACUGCACCCAGUGAUAAUGGGAAAAGUCGCCUUUGGUUGAAAUGAGUCAAUAAUCGUUUUGGAAAGGGAUUUUCCGAAGACUCGGCUUUUCGGGGGGCUUUUUAAAUUUCUUUUCUUUUUUCAUUUCGCUUUUCAAAGAGUCGCGUGAUUCGGCCGAUCCAUUGGAAAUGAAGCUGUACGCCCUGAACGUCCUUUUCAAGGGGGUCAACUCAGCGAUAUGGCUCAAGACGUCCUACGACCUCAGGACUAUGAGCUAUUUCCAGAGGUCCAGUGUCCAGGAGUUCAUGGCUUUCGUGAGCAAGACGAUUGUCGAGAGGACGCAGACGGCGACGAGGCAAUCGGUUAAAGACGGAGAAUACAUGUGUCAUGUAUACGUGCGCGGCGACAACCUGGCCGGCGUUAUCCUGUCUGAUCACGAGUACCCGCCGCGUGUGGCUCACACGCUACUGACUAAAGUGCUCGAUGAGUUUUCAGCGACGGUUCCUCAACACCUUUGGCCAACUGCGGUCGAGUCGGGCAUCAACUUCCCACAGCUGCCAGAGUACCUGGCCAAGUACCAGAACCCCAAGGAGGCUGACUCAAUGACGAAGAUUCAAGAGGAGCUAGAAGAGACUAAAAUCAUACUUCAUAAUACGAUAGGCGCUGUGUUGGAAAGGGGCGAGAAGCUUGACGACCUCGUUAUGAAAUCAGAAAGCCUAUCGAUACAGUCGAAAGCGUUCUACAAAACAGCAAGGAAAACAAACUCCUGCUGCAGUUAUGUCGGGUGAACCCUCGUCAAUGAUGAUUCUUCGACAUCACAGCAAUCAAAAUAGAGUGGAAAAAAUACUUUUUUUUUUUUUAAAGAUUUUUGUAUCUAUGCAAUUUAGAUAUUGCAACAUUCCUUUUUAUUUUUCAUGUUUUUGAUUUUUUAUUAUAUAAUUUUUUAAAAGUAUUAUCAUCGACAAAGGCCUAUUUUUAGCUUAAUAUUAUUGAUUUUUAUUUGUAAUAUAUUAAAUUUUUUCCAAUUUAUUUAUAGAAGAUGCCUAGGUGAUUUAUUAUUAUUAUUAUUUUAUUAUUAAGUAUAACUUUUUAAGAGAAUGCUUGCAUGGAGUUAAGACCUUGCACAUCUCUUCAUCCUAAUAUUAAAAAUAAAAAUAAUCUAUUGGAGAAUUUAAAUGUGUCAUCGGUGUUGUUUACAAUGGUAUUAUUCUUUAUGAGGAAAAAAGUUAGUGUUAAUUAAUUAUGAAUGUAACAGCGUAUCAUUCCUGUGCAAUGGUGUAUGUUAUAUGUUUAAACCAAAACAAUGUGUUACAAUAAUAUAAAUGAAAUAUUAAAAAAAAAAAAAA